UCUUAUAUUUGUUUUUGAGUGAUGAGGAUUUAUUUGUUGUGUUUUAUACUUCUGCUUCUGUUAUCAAAUGUUUUGGCUUAUAUGCCUGUGGUAUUGCUGCAUGGUAUCCUCUCAGGUUCAGAAUCGAUGGCAUCGUUGCAACGCUUUAUAGAAAGACAACAUCCUGGAACAAAGGUGUAUAAUUGCGACUUAUUCAGUAAUUGGAACAGUCUUGAAGGAGCUUGGAAUCAAGUUGUGGAGUUCCGUCAAUAUUUAGAUGCAAUUGGUAAACAACACACGGAAGGUUUAGUUGUAUUAGGCUAUUCUCAGGGUGGCUUAAUAGCUAGAGCAGCUAUACAAACGAUGCAAAAUCACAAUGUGAAAGUAUUUAUAUCCUUGUCUUCACCUCAAGCAGGACAAUAUGGAACCAGCUUUCUUCAUUUAAUAUUCCCCGACUUGGCUGCAAAAACUGCAUAUGAACUUUUUUAUUCAAAAAUUGGCCAGCACACCUCAGUAGGCAAUUACUGGAACGAUCCUCGCAAACAAGAGCUAUAUUUGGAGUACAGUGUAUUUCUUCCAUACAUAAACAAUGAGAUCACUUCCUCAAAUUCAACCGAUUUUAAAAACGCUUUAACCCGACUAGACAAGGUCGUUCUAAUUGGAGGCCCUAACGAUGGUGUGAUUACGCCUUGGCAGUCAAGCCACUUUGGGUACUACAAUGACGAUAUGGAAGUCGUUCCCGUGAACAAACGCAAAAUUUAUACGUCGGAUGAUAUUGGAUUAAAAACUUUGGCCGAUCAUGGAAAGUUGUUAAUUAUUGUUAAACCCUUUGUUCACCACCUUAUAUGGCACACAAAUAAACGCGUAAUACAAGAGGUGAUCAUGCCACAUUUAAUAUAGAAUAAUUAUCUCAAAUAUACUUUAAGUACUAUGCUA